CGAGUACCGCGUUGACAUUUGACAGGCAACAAAUCUAGCAAAUAGCGAUCAGCGUCGCUUUAAUUUGUGUUUAUUAGUUAUAGGAAUAAAAUUUAAAUAAGAUCCUUUUUAACAAAAUAAUAAUCUUACUAAGAAAAAAAGUCUAAAUUAAUUCUUAACAAAUAAUCAAUAUGAAUUUAGAGUUACUCGAAUCAUUUGGUCAAAACUAUCCAGAGGAAUUUGAUGGAACACUUGAUUCAAUAUCACUAGCAGCGACAUGUGCAUUCAACAGACGAGGCACACUUCUUGCAGUGGGAUGCAACGAUGGCAGAAUAUUCAUCUGGGAUUUCCUCACUAGAGGCAUAGCAAAAUCAAUAUCGGCUCACGUAUACCCUGUGUGUAGUUUGAGUUGGUCCAGAAAUUGUAAGAAGCUUCUUUCAGCAUCAACAGACCACAAUGUGUGCAUAUGGGAUGUCCUCUCGGGCGAAUGUGAACAACGCUACAGGUUUACGACAGCCAUACUGCGGGUGCAGUUCGACCCGCGGAAUGACAAGCGGUUCCUCGUCUGUCCCAUGAGACAUGCAGCGCUACUCGUAGAUACAGAUGGAGAACAUAAAAUACUACCUAUUGAUGAGGAUGGGGAUAUAAACGUAAUAGCGUCAUUCAACCGGCGAGGAGACUAUGUAUACACGGGUAAUGCUAAAGGCAAAAUAUUAAUACUAGACUCCCAAACGCUGACUGUAAAGGCGAGUUUCAAAAUUACAGUCGGCACCUCCAGCACUACUGGAAUCAAAAGCAUUGAAUUUGCAAGGAGAGGAGAUUGUUUCUUAGUGAACACUUCUGACCGAGUGAUAAGAGUGUACAAUACUAAUACUGUGCUCAAAUGUGGUAUCAAUGGUGAACCGGAGCCAAUACAGAAACUACAGGACUUAAUUAACAAAACGACGUGGAAAAAAUGUUGUUUCUCGGGAGAUGGCGAGUAUAUUUGCGCGGGUUCCGCACGACAACACGCACUGUACAUUUGGGAGAAGUCCAUUGGGAACCUGGUCAAAAUCCUGCAUGGGACUAAGGGAGAGCUCCUCCUGGAUGUCGUAUGGCAUCCCAUUAGACCAAUUAUAGCCAGUAUUAGUGCAGGUGUAGUAUCAAUAUGGGCUCAGAACCAAGUGGAGAACUGGUCAGCGUUCGCGCCGGACUUCAAGGAGUUGGACGAGAACGUGGAGUACGAGGAGAGGGAGAGUGAAUUCGACGUGGAGGACGAGGACCGUUCCGUGGACCAGACGGGAGAGAGUCGAGACCACGAGGAGGUUGAGGUUGAUGUGACAACAUGUGAACCUGUGGCAGCAUUUUGCAGCUCAGAUGAGGAGGGAGAAGACGAGAAUGUACUGCUGUUUCUGCCCAUAGCACCAGAGAUAGAAGAUCCAGAGGACGGCUGGGCGGCAACACAAGAGACAGUCACACCCACCGAGACACCAGAGAAAUUAGAGCCCGCCGCUAAAAGGCCCAAGAGUAAAACAUACGACAUACCUCUCAAAAUAGCUCCGCCUGAACAACCAAUAUCUUUCGGUGGUAAAAACAAACAAGCAGUCGGAAGUAAAAAAGUCGCCGGACGACCACGAAAAUAAAAGGAUAUGAUUUGCA